AUGAUCAAAAGAAUGAUCUCAAGUUUAAACGGAACCGAUAAAAAAGGCUCUAAAGGAACCGACAAUUAGUAAAAGGAAUAAAAGGAUGCUUAAAAUGUUGUUCAGAAUGCCAUCAAAGAAACUUAAAACAACCCCGAAAAUCCAAAUAAAUGA